CGUAUUGUGCGGGGUUUUAAACUUACCGUAACUGCUUGGAGUUUGUAUGGAGAUGGUUAUGUUCUUUGGUUCUAAUAGCGAUUAAUACACGGGACUUUUCCUCGCGAUUUACUCUGAUUAUAAGACACCAUGGGACGAGGAAAGAAAAUGUCCAAACCCAGCGACGGAAGAAGCGGGGAGGCACCGGAAACCUGUCGGAUCGGCGGCACCAAUGAGAACCACCCGAAAAUGAACGGGGAUCUGUUUUUCAUUGGUCAAUCAAAAAUCUACUCUUACAUGAGCCCUACGAAACCCUCCACUACCCGUCCACCCCUUCAAGAAGAAAACUCGGUCAUACACCAUGAGGGCAAAUGUCCAGGAAAAACGCAUACAGAGACUCCCAAAAAAGCAGAAUCUGAUAAAAGAAAAAAUGUUACAGCAACAGAGCUGGUGGUGAAAUCAAGAGAACACAAGGAUACAGGCUGCAAUUCAUCGGAAACGUUUCCUGACCAAAAACAAAACCUAAUAGAUACUCCUAAAAACUUUGAAUCGCCCCCCGUGGGUCAGAAGUCUGAGCCUCAGAAGAAAGUCAAAGCAAAGCCUACCAGGAGGAGGGCUCAAACAAAGAAUUCCCCCAACAGAAAAGUCACUGAUUAUUUUCCAGUAAGAAGGAGCUGUAGAAAAAGUAAAACAGAAUUAGAGAUAGAAGAAAAAAAGAGGAUAGAUGAAUUGAUCAAAACUGGAAAAGAAGAAGGGAUGAAGGUUGACAUAAUUAGUGGAAAAGGAAGAGGGGUGAUUGCAACACGACACUUCCAGCGUGGGGAAUUUGUUGUUGAAUAUCACGGGGACCUUAUAGAGAUAACGGAUGCGAAGAAACGAGAAGCUGUGUAUGCGCAAGACUCCUCCACUGGCUGCUACAUGUAUUAUUUUCAGUAUCUGAAUAAAACCUACUGUGUGGAUGCCACAAAAGAAAGCAACCGUUUAGGAAGACUUGUGAACCAUAGCAAGACCGGAAACUGUCACACUAAACUACACAACAUCAACGAUGUACCUCACCUCAUACUGAUUGCAUCACGGGACAUCAAAGCAGGCGAGGAAUUACUGUACGACUAUGGGGACCGUAGCAAAUCUUCCAUUGAAGCACAUCCUUGGCUUAAGCACUGAUCAUCUUAUAGACUCAGUGAUUUUAGAGUUUUCUUUGUGAACUGCUUCUUUUUGGUUUUUAAAUCCCCCUUUUACAUAAACAUAUAAGCAAUUGGUGUGCAUUUACAUACAGGCUGUCUUAGAGAUUACCAAAACUUUUUAUAUGCAAUUUUUUUUUUUUGUACCUUUUUGCAUAGAGCGAAGUCAGAGCUUCCAAAGCAUGCAAUGAACUAAUAUGCAGUUUUUAUGUGUAUGUGCAAAAGAGAAAUAUUCCUUGUGCCGUGUUGACAAUUCCGUAUUGAGGUAGUGCAUAGGGUGGUCUAAUCUUCAAGUCAUGGAUUGGAGAAUGCCGAAUUAGGGUUUUGUGAAGAUGUCUUGCUUUAUGACAACAAAAGGCAUAUUGGUCAUACUUGUAACUUCCUACUUUUUUUCUUUUAUACCCUACCUGGUUCAUACUGGAGUUUACACAAUGUAUAGGGCAAUAAUAUGUAAACCAGCUGAAAAGGAGCAUACAACAGCUUUCAGCACCUCUAAGAUCAUUGUUGGCAAGUCUCUAGUGCUGUACAUAAAUGUGCAGUGGUGUGCUGGUCUUACCACCGCUGCUUGAUACUUCCAAUAACAGGUUGUUUCUCAUACACAAUGUUUGAUCAAUGUCCCCUAAUGACAGAUGGACAAGCUGUAGACAACCAUCACCUGGUGUCAUCAAUUGGUUUAGCAUUAAAUGUGUUCAACAACUGGAGCGCAAGGCUCAUUUUUAGUACGUACAAGUGGCUUUUUAUUAGGGAUUCACUCUAUAGUGUUUGCCUAAAGCUUUCCUUUAAAAGGGACCAGUUCUUAUGUGGAUGUAAACUUUGUUUCUAAAAUGAAGAUUUUAUGCAUUAGGGUUCUUAAAACAUUCAUACUCCAGCAAUGCAGGCGAUGUGCUGGCAUAGGUAUCUUAACUGGCCUUUGUCACAGAUCCACCUGAGCUCACGAUGGGGGCUGCUGAAAACCUGCAUUGUCUACUUGAGAAUGACGUUUUAAGAAACUCUGAAGAAUGCCCAGAAAUGUCCCACAAAGCCUUUUGGUGCACAUACAGUUAGGAUUAUGGACAGUAACCUUUGCCGUUGGGUUUCUGGGACUUUUCUGGGUGUUUGAUUUAAUUGGGAAAUCUAGCACCUUUAGACAAAAUCAAAUUUUAAUUGGUAUUAUAUUCCCUACCAUGGCAGGGCUAAGUGUGAGAAUUAAUGUAUGACUUCUGCAGCGAUGAGAAUGGAUCUAUUUUCUGGAUGUCAUGCAGACUGUUACUGUAAUAGAUAGUUCUAGGAAGACUUUUAAUGCAGUGAGUGUAGAUUAUCAGGUAAAAACAAAUUUACAUUUUAUAUAUAAAAAAGACUCUGGAAUAAAUAUUUAUUGCUAAGAAA